ACUUAGACGGAUUGCGCGUCAUCUCGCCUUCCCAAAUUUUCCCCUUCUGCUGCAGCUCGUAUCCAAAACAUCUAUCUAUAGUACGGAGUACGAGAGAGAGAAAGAUGUUUAACUCGGUGAAUCUGGGCAACUUCUGCUCCCAGACGCGCAAAGACCGGACAUCCGAGUUUGGGGACAGGACGGGCUGCGCGUCCAACAUCUACCUCCCCAGCUGCACCUACUACGUCCCCGAGUUUUCAGCCGUCUCCUCGUUUCUUCCCCAGGCCCCGUCCCGGCAAAUCAGCUACCCUUAUUCCACAAAUCUGUCUCAAGUGCAGCCGGUUCGGGAAGUUUCAUAUGGCUUGGACCCUGCUAGUAAAUGGCACCACAGAAGCAAUUAUGCAUCGUGCUACUCGGGAGAGGAUCUGGUGCAUAGGGAUUGUCUCCCACCAUCCACCAUGACAGAAAUGCUUAUGAAGAACGAGAGUGUGUACAGCCACCACCAUCAUCAUCACACCCAUCCGGGUUCCAAUCACCCCUCCUCGGGUUUUUACUCCGGCGUGGGGAAAAACAGCGUCCUCCCGCAAGGUUUCGACCGCUUUUUUGAGACCGCAUACUGCAGCAGCACGGACAAUCAGUCAGACAAUUGUUUACAAAAGGGCGAGGGGGGAAAGCUGGAAAGCGACUCCCAACAGCAGCAGGAGCAGCCAAUAGCCCCUGUAGCCGGAGCCCCGGAGCAGGAAAAGGACCCAGACGAUGAGGAGGAACAUACAAAUUCAGGCUCAUGCACGUCUUCCUCCGCAACAACCAAGGACGGCACCGCCAACAAGAGCAGCCACUCGAGCACUCCUCGCACAAGGAAGAAGAGGUGUCCAUAUUCUAAGUUUCAGAUUCGCGAGCUGGAGCGGGAAUUCUUCUUUAACGUUUACAUCAACAAAGAGAAAAGGCUUCAGCUCUCCCGAAUGCUAAACCUCUCCGACCGUCAGGUUAAAAUUUGGUUUCAGAAUAGAAGAAUGAAAGAAAAGAAGCUGAGCAGAGAUCGCCUCCAGUACUUCUCUGGAAACCCCCUAUUGUGAGCAGGAGCAGAACGUGUCACAAUCUUUGUCAGUGACAUUGAGGCCCACUCUUAUCUCAUUGAAUUGUAAUUGUGGGCAUAACCAUUUUCUAAAGGAGCCCAUAUCACCAACAGUGCAAUGUUAAAGUGGACAGUGGGAGGAAUAGGCCUGCAUGGGAUAAAGUCGCCAUUUUCUUAUUGCCCCAUGGGCGGCGGUGAAUUUCUUGCUGGUCCCCAGAAAGGCCUACAUGGUUAGAAUAAUCAUUUAUACCUAUGCUGUUCUUGAAUAUGUCUCUCUAUUUAUCACGAUUCUUUAUUGUGUUAUUAUAUUGUUCAUAUAGACAUAUUUGUUGUUAAAAUAUCAAAUGUAACAAACAGUUUAAAUCCUUAUUGCGCAGACAACUUUUAGCUCUUCCCCGUCCCUAUAUGUAUAUAGCAUAUCAUUAUCUAAUUAUUUCUUGACCAGAGUAUGAACAAAUUAUAGCAAAUAUACUGGCUACAUUUUUUUCACCAUUUAACAACUGUGACGUCCAAUCUGUGAAAUUAUAUCCCCCUGUACAUAGUAGCCUAUGUGCAUUCGUGACUGUAAAUAGGCGUAUAUGUUGAAUUUCCUUUUCCCCUAUCCCUACUGCUAUUUUUCAGUACACUGCCCAUACAACAACUUUAACGCCAACACUCGUUAAAUUAUUUGCUUAAACAUUGGUGCUUUGGAUUUCAGAGAGGAGCAACAGAUUAUUGGCCUGUGUAUCAUUAAUAUAAUACCUAUGAAAUAAACAAAAACAUAU